AUGCCGAGGCUGGCUGCCCAAGCUCUGUCCCACCUUUGCGUCAAUUCUAAACUGCCCAGUCUUGGGGUUUGUGGGACCAUUCAUAAACACCUGCUUUUCACUGGAUCCGGAGGUUUGCUGGAUGUUCUGUUGCCAACCCCCAAGGUCAGGCACUGGUAUGACACAGUGCCAUUCGCCAUACAGGUACUUGCUGGGAUUGCCAACCUGCAGCGCCACCCCCGAAGGCGUCUCCUUUCCUUCCGGGCGUCCCUUAACCGGUUUGGCGUCCCCGUCCCAGGCUGUCCCUCCGGGGGUCUGACUGGAGGCUUCUCCAGAGCGGGGCUUUCUCGGUUUGGGUUGCUGGGCAGCCCCGGUCGUUUCAGGAAGGAGGAAUUAUUUGGGAGGAAAUCUGUCUGGCCCUGGCUAUACCUGAGAUCCAGCACCGUGGGGCCACGGGCCCUCUGCCCUAGCGUGACCAGCCAGAUGACGUGGCUGAGAGGCAACUGUGGCUGUGCUCUGGAGACAAAACUCGACCACUCACAUCCGUGUGAAUGCAGCUGCGGGAGCCUAGCACUGCAGAACGCUACAGCGCAGGAUUUCUGCACUAUAACAAUUGCAUCAUCCGACAGCAGUUGCAAGAACCCUCCGGUUUCCUCAGUGGCUCUCCAGGGAAUUGUGUGGGUCCUUCUUACGGGGGGAGUCCUGCUCAACUGCUUCUUUCUCGUUUUCAUAGUUCGCUUCAGGAAAAAUAGGAUUGUGAAGAUGUCCAGUCCCAACCUGAAUGUGGUGACCUUGCUGGGCAGCAGCUUGACUUACGGUAGCGCUUACCUUUUCGGGAUCGAGAAGCAAACCCCGUUAUCCAGGCCAUCCACGGAGAUGCUUAUUCAGGUGAGGGUCUGCUUGCUGUUUGUCGGGAGUUCCCUCGCUUUUGGUCCCAUCCUGGGGAAAAGCUGGCGGUUGUAUAAAGUGUUCACGCAACGGGUGCCGGACAAGAGAGUGAUUAUCAAAGACCUGCAGCUGCUGGUUAUGGUGGGGGCGUUAGUGGGGGCCGACGUUGUCCUGCUUUCCGUGUGGAUCUUGUCAGAUCCGGUCCAGUGUACACCGAGCCUUAAUGCUGAGCUGAAGGUGACGGAAAAGGGCCUCACCUGCGUGGCGCAUCGAGGGCACUUCUGUAUGUCUCUGUUUUCUGAUCUCUGGCUCAUUCUCUUCCUGGGAUUUAAGGGCAUCCUCUUGAUGUACGGGGCGUAUCUUGCCGGCCUGACCUACGAUGUCAGCUGCCCUCCGGUCAAUCAGUCCCUGACCCUCGUCGUCGGCAUCACGGUUAUGUUUCUGACUGCCCAAAUUGCCCUGGUGGUGAAUCGUUUUUUCCAUUCGUGGCACAACCUGGCCUUUGGAGUGACCUCGGGCGGGAUCUUCGUCUGCACGACCACAUUAAACUGCUUGAUCUUCACUCCGCAGGUCCGACAAUGGAAAGCUUUUGAGAACCAGAAUGAAAACCUCAGCCAGGUGGCCAAAUACUUCACCAGCUCCAGCAAGAACGUUCACUCCACGGUGUACAGUGAAGAGGAGAUCUGUCAGCUGCUUGGGGAGAAGCACGCCCUGAUACAGCUUCUGGCCGAGAAAGAUACGGCGAUCGCGAGCCUACAGGAACAAGUCGACAGCACCAAGGAGAAGCUGACCAGACUCGAAGCUGCAGGGGGCACCCAGGAGGCCGAUGACUCCUUCCGCCUUCCUUCCGCCUCUCCUUGUCCUCAAGAUCGUUUGGCAGCCAUUUGCUCUUCUACGGUGCCAGAAGACGCACCAACAGACCUGCCCUUAUUUGGCCAGCGGCAAAAUCCGUGGCAAUAUUAUCCCUUGUCCUCAAAUUUACAGUGCAUGCCGGGGGCUUCAAAUGAAAACAACUCUGUUGGUGACGUAGAGUGUGCCAGUGGACGCAGCGUACCACUGGGCAUUACUGAUACGUGUAGACUGUUAAACAGUGCUAACAAGAUUUCUGGUUGUUCACAUGGUUGCAAUGACCGUGACCAACAGCUCUUCCAAUAUGCUGCCCCCCUUGGUAGGAAUACCCUCCAAGAACCACUCAUGGAACACUUCUCACUGAGAGUGGGAGCAGGACAGCCCCGGGUUCAGAAGCAGCUGCCGGGGAUCAGCUACGUAAGCAGGGACACGCUUCAAGAAGUCUUGCAAGAGCUGAGCGUGGAUCCCAAAGCCGGCCGCCGGGCUUCUCCCAGGGACCCAGAGCAAAGCGCGGUGUUUGGAAGAAGCACAGGAUGUUGGCCGCAAGAGGUUCAGGCCAAUAGGCUCACUAGGCUUCGUCCUUAUGAGACAAGGCUCGAGAGGAAAAUCCCUACCUGCCUACCCGGCUGUGCAGUCCUUGGCGCUCGGUGUGUCAGAGACAGGACCACCAGCGGAAUGCAAAGAAGUCUCAGCCAAGUUAGCGAAUGUCCUUGUGCCGCGGCGGGUGAUGCUACUGAACGAUGCUCUUUGUGUCAGCCCCGCUCCGCCUCAUCAUCGGUGUAUAAGAGCAAGCUUCGUUACAAAACUGAGAACUGGUCCAAACAUCCGGGCAGCGAUGAGGACGACUGGCUGUUCAGACGACGUCUGACGGAAAACCGGGCGCCUCUGCUGGGCGCCAGCAGUCCCAGGACAUUCCGCCAUCAGCCGCAGGAUUUUGCAAGAUACACAGGAUGUAGUUAUCCGGACUUCGACUCCCGCCGCAGCAGCAGCACUACCACGUCCUCUGAGGGUGGGGUGCGCUGCCGCCACAGACACUGUUGUGAGUGUUGCCGCCACAGUCUGUCUUCCUCGAGCGGCAGCUGUAGCACAGGGGUAGACAGUGAGUCCGGCGUCUCGGGACACUGCUGUGCAAACCCAGUUGGUAAACCUCGGCCGAUUGUGAACUUCAAUGAGGAUUUAGAGCCCACCUAUGUGUAAAUGCCUGGGUGGUCAGGAGUAUCAUAAGCGUGUUUCUAGCGGAGCAUUUAGGCUGCAGAACAGGGGUCCCCAGCAUGGCACCCGUGGGGCCCUCCAACACCUUUCUUAGUGUCUGCCAAGUGUUUUUGGAAAGUGGGUGGGACUUUUGCCCAGCAAGGCUUCUGAUUGGCCAUUAGAGAUUUGAUUGGCUGUGCAGAUUUUUUUUAAAAAAAUGUUGCCUUGGCAACACUGUCGGCAGCGCUAGGAUAAGGUGACCAGAUUUCCACCUUUUUAACGUGGG